AUGAAUCCAUCCCCCGAGGAGGUAUUCGUCGACUUCGAGGGCGACCAUCCCCAGGACUGGCCAGCACGGCGAAAAUGGCUCGUCACAUUUUCUUUGACAAUUCCGCUAUUUCUAAUGCCACUGUCGUCUACAAUCACGACGCCUGCUGUGACUACAAUUGCGUCUGAAUUUCAUGUCGACUCAAAAAUAACAGGGCCCUUGGCCCUGUCUUUGUUUUUGCUGAUGUACUGUCUCGGCCCAGUUCUGUUUGGCCCGCUGAGCGAACUGUACGGACGUCUACCGAUCCUCCAGGGAGGAAAUUUGUUCUAUCUGGCCUUCAAUCUUGCAGCUGGUUUUUCAAAAUCUAUGGUGCAACUAUUGGUUUUCCGACUUCUGAGUGGGAUUGGAGCCAGCACGUCGUUGGCUGUUGGUGCUAGCACCAUGGGCGACCUUUUUCGCAAAGAAGAGCGCGGACUACCUGUAGCUUUGAUAAGCUUAGGUCCGGUUCUCGGCUCCUGCAUCGGCCCCAUUGUCGGUGGCUUUAUCACGGAGUAUGCCUCGUGGCGCUGGUGCUUUUUUGUAACGUCAAUCGCUGCAGGGGUGUCCCUGGUAGUAUGCUAUAGUCUUUCCUGCGAGACAUACGCGCCGGUUUUGCUCCAGCGGAAGAAAAAGAGAUGCAUUGCAGAUUACGAAAAAUCCGAGAAAUCUGGAUCUCGGACUUGGAAAACGAAGUUUGACAAAGAUGGUGAAAGUCUCAGCAAACGAUAUCGCCGAACAUUAUUUCGUGCACUAUAUUUCCUAGGCACCCAGCCCAUCGCCCAGGCUUUGGCCUGGUACUACGGAUUUCUCUACGGUAUUAUUUACCUACUUCUUUCGAGCUUUUCGGAUCUCUGGAUGGAGAAGUAUCAUAUGGAUCUUGCAAUAGGAACCAUUAAUUACGUUGCUCCUUGCUGUGGUUAUUUAGGCGGUGCACUCAUCUGUGCCUUUCUAACUGACCCGGUCUAUCGCCGACAAGUUGCUCAGAACAAGGGCGAAGGAAAGCCUGAAUUUCGACUGCCAAUGAUGGUACCAGCCUCACUCCUCGUGCCACUCGGUUUAUUCUGGUAUGGAUGGAGCGCAAAGUAUGAAACACACUGGAUUGUUCUCGACAUAGGGAUCGUACUGCCGCUCAUGGGGGCGACAAUUGUCUUCCAAUGUGUCAGCGCUUAUUUGUUGGACACCUUCCCGCUCUACGCCGCGAGUGCGAAUGGCACUGUUUAUAUUCUCCGUGGACUUUCUGGCUUUGGAUUUCCUUUAUUCGGCCCGGAAAUGUAUUCGUCCUUGGGCUAUGGGUGGGGAAACAGCUUGUUGGCCUUUAUUGCUUUGGCCAUCGGAUGUCCGAUUCCGUUCGUAUUGUGGAGAUAUGGGGCCAGACUUCGAGCAGCUAGUUCUUAUGCCGACCGCGAAACUUGA